AAAAAAAAAAGAGGCGCUGGAAAUUUUCAUGAAAAUUGUUGGGAGAAAAAGUGACUUGGCCGCAAUUUCUCACACAAAGUCAACAAAGAAAACCCGCUAAUCUGAUCGGUUCCCUCAUUCACUCUUAUAUUACUGUAUAAUGGAUACUGCACAAUCCGCCGCUUGGUCGUCAUCUAAAAUACCAAAUCAACUGAUAGACAACUACAAUUCUGCUUCAUCAAAGCGCCCUAAUGCCAACAUUAGUCUAUCACCUAUGACUCCACUCUUUGCUUCAUCCACCACCACCCACCAUCUCUCUUCAAAACUCGGCAAGUCUCCAGCAGAAACCUUGACCGUAAAGUUGCUGGAUCAACAGAUUCCCGAAGAUCAAAAGCAUCCAUUACAUUAUACUUGGGUGUUUUGGUUUAUGCAUCGCCCACCAGGUGCAAAGAUUACAAACUACGAGAGUGGCAUGAAGAAGAUAGCAUCUGUUUCCUCAAUAGAAGAUUACUGGGCGGUUUACAGUCAUCUUAAACGACCAAAAGAUUUGCCAAAUAUCAGCGACUAUCACUUGUUCAAGCAAGGCGUCAGACCUGUAUGGGAGGAUACAAUGAAUGUAAAUGGUGGAAAGUGGAUUGUUCGAUUGAAGAAGGGGUUGGCAAGUCGCUAUUGGGAGUCACUGGUUAUGGCUAUCAUUGGCGAUCAAUUUGAUGUUGGUCAAGAGAUAUGUGGUGCUGUUUUGUCCAUUCGCAAUUCAGAAGAUAUUCUUUCAGUGUGGAAUCAAAGUGCACAUGAGGGUCGAACCAAUUUGAAGAUCAGGGAUACUAUGAAGAAGGUCCUGAACUUGCCAGCAGAUACCAUCAUGGAAUACAAAACCCACAAUGACUCUUUAAACGAUCAUUCAAGUUUCCGUAACACCGACAUCUUCCGGUGAAUAAUUCGCAAAAAUUGCUCUCGUCCUCGUGGGCAUCAAAAUAAUGAGCAGAUGUAUUGUGUUAAAUCACAUUCGUGUAAUUGUAUAAACGAGAGAAAGGAACACCCUUGGUCAUUGCCUUUUUUGCUUUUAGUAGCACUUCCAUUAAAAUCAAACUAAAGUCAGAAUACCAGAGAGUGUGCAAGCAGCUGAACAAGAAAAAAAAAACCAAAAUGAAGUGAGGCAAGGCUGCGCUCAAUAGCCUCUCGGUG